AUGGAUAAGACAUUCCCAGUUCCUUGGAUAAUCCGUAUGCAUUCCAAUGACAUGAUUGCAAGCUAUGCUUGUGCGGACCGUGGAGUAGGAGGCGGUGGCUAUAUCCGCUAUGAAGGAAAUGUGCAGGAGAAUGGGAAGGAAAAAUAUGUUAUGACGGCCACAGGGAGCAAUUCGAUUGACUGGAUCGUUGAGAAGAUAACGCGCCUCGUCCAGAGUCUCAGGGCUAAGAGCCUAUUGCUUCCAUAUCCCGGGGACCCCGCCAUUCCCCAUACUGGCCCCACAGCACAGAGCCCGGAGUACAGCAAUUUGGAUGCUGUUGACAUCGCACAAGGCAAGGACGAGGAUGAGGACGAGCUGUAG